UAUUUAACUUGGGACUGCGCUCCUCUCGCUGCAGACACACACUCCUCUCUCACACACAGUGAAAAGCUCCGGCGCAAAGACUCCUGCAGACACCCGGUAGGAGCUUCUGUAAGCGGCAGCAGAGCCGAGGAGCAGGAGGAAGGGGGUGUGCAGGUCCCUCAGGAACCCGAAGCUCCAGACUGUUGGAUUGUCUCGUCAUGAGUUGGUUUUUCUGAGCGGAUUCAGCAAUGCUGCAUUCAGACGAACUCUGAACUCUCAUCUUCAAGAUUCUGUUUUUGUUUGUUUCACCUGAAAUCAGAAAUAAUCAGAAUAAUAAUCUGCGAGUUGGAACAUCCUCUGGAAAUAUGAAUGGAUCUUAUUUGCUGAGCUGAGCUGUGCGGGACAGUGAGUGCAGGGAGGACCCCGCAAUCAACCACCGCAUGUUCGCGGGACUGCGCGCGCUGCUCCGGGACUUUUUGGCAAACAUCGGCGCGUCAGGCGACGUGAAGCGCGAGUCGUGCGUAAAAAGAUCAGCCAUCUCCAGCUGGUGACAGUCAGAAGUUGGAUUUUGCGGCUCAUUCAUCCCAUGCUGCUCCUCUCCGCCGCUGUCAUCGCGGUUGCCCCCAGUGCCCCCCAGCCUCAAAACGGGUCACCAUGACAACCCGGAGAAACCCAAAGUGAAUCCAGAAGCGGCGCGAGGCAGCAGCAGCUUCAAUACUGACGUUUUUGCGCAUUUCUGUGCAAAUCCGAGCUUCAUGUCAGCCAAACAUAGCCGCCUCUAGCUUUGGACUGAACUUAUGACGCCUUGCCUUGCAGACAACUGAUUCAUUAUUGCCCCCCUCCCCACCCCCUUCCCUUCCCCUCACCCAAAAUCGAGAAGAACCGGCACCAAGGAGGGAAUAAUGGGCCUCUCACCGACGCUCCUGGUUUACGCGCUGGUGUGCGUUCACCUCGGAGUCUCCCAGCAUUUCUUCCGCCUCCGUCCGCUGCCCAGCGAGCACCUCCCCGUCCCCGACCUGAAGGAGGACCCCGACCCGGAGUACGACCCCCGGGAGCAGGACUUGGCCGAGAAGCCGCUGCGGAAGAAGCUGGGCAGCCACUUCGACCCCAACUUCAUGGCCAUCAGCGCGCCGCUGCCGGUCAACCUCACGUCCCCGGACGCCCAGUGGAAGCCGCCGGGCCACAUGCCCAACGAGAUUAAAAAGCUGGACCUCACGGAGACCCCCUACGGGAAGCGGUUAAAAGUGGGCAAGAAAGCGCGGAGGAAAUUCCUGCAGCUUCUGUGGACCUACACGUACUGCCCCGUGGUGUACACCUGGAAGGACCUGGGGGUGAGGUUCUGGCCGCGCUACAUCAAGGAGGGGAACUGCUCCUCCGAGCGAUCCUGCUCCUUCCCGGAGGGCAUGUCCUGCAAGCCCGUCAAGUCCAUCAGCAAGACGUUCCUGCGGUGGUACUGCCAGGGCUUUCUAAGACAGAAAUACUGUACGUGGAUACAGGUGCAAUACCCAAUCAUCUCAGAGUGCAAGUGUUCGUGCUGAGUUUACUCCAAGGAAGCGGACUGGAAAUAGUUUCAAUUGCACUGUUAACUCUCUACAGAGGAGCCCUUCACGAGGAAGAGCUUUUUUAUAUAAAUAUAUUUUUAUGAGACAUUGAUGAAGGAAUUCAUGAUAUGCUACACUUCUCCAAGAGGUGACCUUUUUUUUUUCGUCAACUGAACAAUGAUGCUGUUUGUUAUUUCACUGCAAUGCUGCCUAGAGUUUUUGUAAAAUAUUAAUAUCAAUAUUAAUUAAACUGUAAAAAAGUUGAGGUUAAAGAUAUAUAAAUAUAUAUAUAUAUAAAUAUAUAUAUAAAGGCGUGAACUCAGCUUUUUUUUUUUUUUUUUUUGAAUACUUAGUAUUGUAGAAAUAAGCAAAUCUGUAUGUUUUAUUUAUUAUUUUAACGAUUUGUGAGUAUAGAGCAUAAGGAAAGAGAAUAGCAGAAUAUUACCAGAAAAAAAAUAUGGAAGAUGUCUACUUGAAUAUUUCUAAAAGUGACAAAAAAAAAAAAAUAAAGAAAAAAGUAAGGCAUAUCAGUGUAUAUGUUAUGGUUACACGUGUUAGCAAUAAAGUCUAUCUUUUCAACGUG